AUGGCACUCAUCACCCUCAAAACAUCCGCUACGACGCGCUCCACGCGUGUCUCUCGUACUUCUAGCGGCUCUACGACCACUAAGACGACUUCGUCCACGACGGCGACCGUGACCAAGCAGGCCGCCAGCGCGCGCGCGCCUCGUGCUCUUGCAAACAACGAAAAGGAGAACAUUAAUCCGCUGACUGGGCUCGACUCACUUCAGUCCAACAAGAAGUCCAAGCCUGUCUUCGGUGCCUCCAGCAACGCAAACACGACGUCCAAGUCUGAUCUCAAGCUUAAGCCUUCCGCUGGACGCGCUGGUCCUGUGACUCGUUCACAGACUAGCCCACCACCGUCUAGCCAAGAGCAUGCUCAAGUGCCAACUGCUCAGCGUUCCACUCGUAAAUCCGGUAUCUCGAAGCAGUCUCGCCGCUCUAAUACGCAACUCGACGUGGUGACGGCUGAAGUCGACAUUCUUCACGGGGCCAUUGACGCGCUCAUCUCAAAGCGAGCAAUAAAGGUUGAGCGCGACAUUACCCGCGCAGAUCGAAUACUCGCAGCGACACAGCAUGAGACAGCGGCGGACCGACGUGCUCGCGAACUUACGGUCAUGCCUUUGGCGGACCUCUCGGAGGCAUUUCAACUGCCCUACGAAUCGACAUCUCAAAGCCGUGUCGAAGUCGAGGCACUUCUUACGCAGCCGGAGACCAAGGAUGAGUCCAGACCCUCUGAUAUCUUUUCGCACGAACUCUCUGCCGCUCUUCAACGACUUGUUGCGGAUCAAGACGCACAUGCUCUCACCCCUACCGUCCUUAGGACUCGUGGUGUCAAGCGCUCACUCGAUUCCCUUCGGACUGCUGCUACCUCGCCAUCUACAAGCCGACGGGCGAGCACUGGUGAUGUAGGCGCUAUCCUAUCCAGGCCCACCAAACGCCUUCGAACAAGCGCAUUUCCUCCUGUUCCACCCAACAGUCCCGCUCGUUCACGUCCAGUUGCCCUUCCUGUCACCGAAGAAGACAAUACUUCAAAGGAAGAGACAUACGAUGAGACCCAGGAUCAAACACAAGGCUCGUCGCACUACUCGUCGGUGCUUGACUCUCUCAGCUUCCGUGCUGGCACCAGCGUCGAUUCAUUGCUCCUUCAAGAUACGAGCUUUGGAUCACAGUUGUAA